AUGGUAGAAGGUUCCAAUUCUAGUGACAAUCAACAUUCCAUAAUCAAUUUUGAUCAUGGAGAAACCCAACCCCAAAUAGAUGGUAAAACACCGUUAUCGCCUUCGUCAACUCUUCAAUCGCCUAGUACUUCUCAUAUUAACCUUUCCGAUGAAAUCAUAAAUCAAAUGAUGUUGGAAUAUCUUCGAGGAAAAGGCUAUGACCAAGAACCAACAAUUAUAAGGUUAAACAACAAUAGGCCUAAUAUUUACUCUUCACCUUUGUAG